AUGUCCAUCGGUCGAUACACAAGACUCGAUGAGAUCGGCCGAGGGAGCUUUGCAACGGUCUACCAAGGUAUUCAUACUAGGUCCAAAACGUUUGUAGCUAUCAAGUCUGUCGACAUGUCAAAACUCAACCGGAAGCUUAAAGAGAACCUUUCCUCCGAAAUCGAUAUCCUCAAGGGCCUACACCAUCCUCAUAUCGUCGCUCUCAUCGAAUGCCAUGAUACAACUUCGCAGAUCCAUCUUGUCAUGGAGUACUGUGCUUUGGGUGACUUGUCACUCUUCAUCAAGCGCCGUGACGGAUUGGCAACGCAUCGAUACACCCGAGAGAUGAUUACAAAGUACCCGAAUUCACCGGGUGGCGCCUUGAACGAGGUCGUAGUCCGUCACUUCCUGAAGCAACUCAGCAGUGCACUUAAGUUCCUCCGAGAUCGAAACCUUAUCCAUCGAGAUAUCAAACCUCAGAAUCUUCUGCUGUGUCCAUCACCAUCUUCGUACCGGAGCGGCAUGGCACAGGUAAUUCCAUACAAAGGUAGCGAUAACUCAUAUGAACCGACAACGGGUCUAGCAUCACUACCCAUGCUGAAGAUUGCGGAUUUUGGGUUCGCUCGCUCCCUCCCGACGAAAUCUCUAGCAGAGACCCUUUGCGGCUCUCCAUUGUACAUGGCUCCUGAAAUCCUUCGGUAUGAAAAGUACGAUGCCAAAGCUGAUCUCUGGUCAGUUGGUACAGUGCUGUUUGAAAUGGUAGUUGGGCGACCUCCAUUCCGGGCAACUAACCAUGUAGAGUUGCUCCGGAAAAUCGAAAGGGGAGAUGAUCGAAUUCGAUUCCCGGAUGAAAACCCAGCCUCCGAGGAAAUAAAGAAGUUGAUUAAAGGACUUCUCAAGAGGAACCCCGUGGAGCGGUUGAACUUCCCUGAAUUUUUCAACGACCCUGUUAUCACUGAGCCCAUCCCGGGGUUGGUAGGUGAUGAUCUUCCCCCAAGUCCUCCGAGUAACCAGACUCCGGGCCCCGAACCCUACAAACCCAAUAUCCCAACGAGUCAGCCUGAAUUCUUUGAUGCGAAAUCCGACCAAGAUUCCCCCUACCUUGCUGACCAAGAGGGGCCUAUGACGUAUCCUCCUCGCCGGCCACAAAUCCAUCGUCAAAAAACACAAGAGGCUCCGAUAUCUUCCUCGCCACUGCGCAGGGGAAGCGCGGACCGAUCACCUGGUCUGUCCCGAGAAGGCGCAAGGGAGAAUUACCAGCCUUCCCGCCCCAGUCCGGUCACCCAUGCAACAGCCCCGGGUCGUCAAGAGCUGGUGGAUCGACAUGCUUCAGCGGCUGCAAUGGAGCGUCAGCGCAGUCGAAAGACAUACUCCGGAGCCAAUCGGCCAACCGAGAGCGACCGGGCUCAAGAAGAGCGUGAGAAAGCUGCGCAGGAAGUUGCUUUUGAGAGAGAUUAUGUGUUGGUCGAGAAGAGAGCAGUUGAAGUGAAUGCGUUUGCCGAUGAGCUGGCUCAUAGCCCCCGCAUUCAGGGCGGGUUUUCUCGUGGACCGACUGGCGCCGUGUCUCGUCGUGCAACUACGCAAGGUCUCCCCACGGUCUCCUCUACCUCGCCUCAUGGCGGAAAUCAGUCCAAGGCUGUUCAAGUCGCUGGAAAUCGCACCCGAGCGGACUCUACUCAUCAGCGCCAGCAUUCAUACGAGCGCCGGUAUGGACAGAGCCCGACCUCCGCUACAUCGGCCAUCUCGAAGGCCCUCAAUAUGGCGAGUGGCCGUCUUUUCGGCAUGGGAUUCUCGCCUCCCAUGGCCAUUACUAAAGGAGGCCGUUCGCCACCUCUUGCUUACAACCCGUAUCCCGCGUAUCCAACCCAAGCGAGCCUGAUGCUGCCAGGAGAGAGUCCGAAAACCAAUCUGACGACCGAAGAGGAUUACAAAACCGUUCAAGCAAUCGAAGACUCUGCGACUCGCAGUGAUGUCGUCUAUGGGUUCGCCGAAGUCAAAUAUAAGCAGCUGAUUCCGCUUGCACCUUCUUCACAGAUGGAUUCAUCCGAUCGACCUGCCAUCUCUGGUGCUACCGAUAAUGAAGAUGAUGGCCUCACCGUCGAUGCGAUUGUGACCCUUUCCGAAGAAGCCUUGGUUCUGUACGUCAAGGCCUUGGCUUUGCUAGCCAAAUCUAUGGAUAUUGCUGGUACAUGGUGGUCGCGGAAAAACCGUGAAGAGAUAUACGGUGACUCGCCUCGGAGCGACACCUCCACUGCUAUAGCUGGCAACCGCAUCAAUAAUGUGGUCCAAUGGGUGCGGAGCCGGUUCAACGAGGUCCUGGAAAAAGCCGAUUUUGUUCGCCUGAAGCUCAUUGAGGCACAAAAGCGGCUUCCCUUGGACCACCCCAGCCACCCCGAUAACUACUCGAUGGGCUACACCGCCGGGUCAUCUAGCUCAGCAGAUGUCGUUGUCAGCCCAGGCGUCUCGGCUGGACGGUUGAUGUUUGAUCGUGCUCUGGAAAUGAGUCGAGCGGCGGCUAUCAACGAGCUCACAAGCGAAGAUUUGGCUGGAUGCGAGAUUGCAUAUGUUACUGCGAUCCGUAUGCUGGAGGCCGUGCUUGAAGACGAUGGCACCCAGUCGACCUCGAAUGAUCAACAGGGCAGCUUGAAAGGUAGCGAGAAGUCUUCAUUGGACGACUUGCAAGGCGAGGAUCGGGAAACUGUGGCUAAACUUAUAUCCAGUAUGCGUGGUCGCCUCGCCUCCCUUCGAAAAAAGCUCUCUCAUCUUGCCAAACGAUCCUCUGCUCCAACCGUGAGCAGCGGUCGCCUUCCUCCCUCCAACCUGGCGCCCACCCCCCAUGCUACGGGAGCAACGCCUCCACGUUAG